AUGGCCAGCACCACCACCUCAUCCACAAACAACAGCAACAACGCCGCCCCCCUGAACCUCGGCUACAAUGGCGGCGCCGCCCACCCCUUCUCGCGCGUGCCGCUCUCCGGCCGGUCCUCGGUGCAGGAGCUGCUCAUCACGCUGCUCGACCCGCUGACGCCCUUCUUCUCGCCGUGCCGCGCCCGCGUCCGCUGCCCCGGCGCCACCGCCGUGCGCUUCGACGCCGCCGCCGCCGAGCUCGAGGGCUUCGCGCGCCCGCUCUGGGGGCUCGCCUCCCUGCUUGCUGGCGGCGGCCACUACCACGACGCAAGGCCCGGCGGCGGCGGCGGCACCGAGGCAUGGCUCGCCGGGCUCAAGGCCGGGACCGACCCGGAGAGCCCCGAGUUCUGGGGCUUCCCCCGCGACAACGACCAGCGCAUGGUCGAGAUGUGUCCGUUGGGAUAUACCCUCGCCGUCGCCCCUGUGUUCUGGGAGUCCCUCUCCCCGAAAGAGCGCGCCAACGUCGAGACGUGGCUCGGCAACUCCAUCAACGAAAAGAAGCACGUCCACCCUGUUCUCCGAUGCUAA